AUGCCCACCUCGGCGGGUAUGGAGGCGAGGCCCCAGGUGGUGAGGCCACCAGGUCGUGAGGACGCUCUGCGUCGCCUGGACGAGGACAGAUAUGAGGCGGCAUGCGAUCGACUCAGGCAUGCGAUGAAUGAGGGAGUUUUGGAGAUGACGGCUGCGUUGGCUGAUGACGAGUGCUCUCACCUUUGGCUCACGAGGUGAAAGAAGAACUCGCUCAGACCUGGAGGGAUUCCCGUUUGUGUGUGUGUGUGGAGCACAUCAGGCCGGGCGGAGUCAGUUGCGUGAGGAGAUGGUCGGGGCAAACAACACACUCACCUCUGCUGGUGGCGCUAUGUCGAAUGGCCUCGUCACUUACUUCGAUCAGCAUCGCCUUCAGGGUCCGUGCGGAGCUGAGGGGCUUGUGGACUUGACAGAGCAGGUAAGUGAGGGAUCAGAGGCAGGUGGUGCAUUCCUGACAUUGUCGCCGAGCUGCAUACAGGAAGUGAAGAUACUGGUGGCCGACCUGCAGAUUCUCCACCAAUGUCGCCGCGUCAUGACCACACCUGAGCUGAGCCGCGAAUGGGCAAGGCGAAUGGGUGAGUUCCUGACCAGGUGCUCGACAGUUGGCGUCGUGAAGGUACGCGACAUCCAUCCACGCGCCACGACGACAGAUAAGAAUAUCAGGUUCACUAUGUCUGUGUCUGUCGCGGCUGAGGUUAGGUGAGAUCUGUGGUGACACGUGUCGGUGCCCACCUGCCCCCCCUCGAGUGA